AUGCUGAAGGUUCACCUGGAGAAGAACAAAAUUCUAACAUUACAGGCAGAGGAAGAUGCUGAUAAGUUAAUAGUAAUUGUAGCCAUUUCCAUAUUCUCUUCCUACGAAGUAGUGAAGAUCGUUGGCGAGGAUAUAGAUUUGUUGGUCUUACUUUGUGGUUUGUCACGAGAUGGAGGAGACUACGUCUUUCCAUCAAACAGACCAAAUAACAAUAUUUUAUUUGUAAAAUGUGGAAGAGGAAAAAACCCAGAUGUCACCUACUUAACAAAUUCCUUUACGCAAUUAUCACAACCCCGGAAUAGCACGCGCAACAUAGAAUCGCAAAAUCUUAGCGAUCUUCGCUUCCAGUUGUGUACUAGGGUGGCAGUUAAGCCCAACAUAAACCUCGCCAGAUUGCCUCCAACCAGGGAUGCUGCAAGAUUUCACUCUCUGCAAACAUACCACCAGGUAGAGAAGUGGCUUGGAAAUGAAAAUAAUCCUCUCGAUUGGGGCUGGAUGCUGAGUACACAAGGCCUGGUUCCCCAAUAG